GAGAGGGGGAGGGGGCGGUGAUGCAGGUGCGGCUCAGGUCAGUUCACAUCUAUAUAGCAAUGCGCCGGGAGGGAGGAGAGGAGAGUGGCGGUGACGAGGGAGACUGAGGCUGAAUUUAUUUGAGGAAAAUUUAUUUGAGGAGAAUUUAUUUGAGGAGAAUUUAUUUGAGGAGAAUUUAUUUGAGGAGAAGAAAAAAGAAGCGACACUUAUUCCCACCCCCCACCCCCCCAACCGUCGAUAAAGCGCGAGGGGUCGUUGCGGAACCGUCUGAGUGGAAUCGAUAUCGAUUUGGGGGCAAUAUAUAUCGAUAUCCAUAUCGAGUCCGUUUGUCCGUCGUGUGUCUCACCUGUCGGUCGGGCGGGCGGUCGCCAUGAAGCUGCGGAGAGGUUUGCUGGUAACUGCGUGGCUGCUGUGCGGAGUCUGUGCGAUUCUGGUCAGGGGUGAUUGUGGUGAACCCCCAAGAUUGAAGAAUGGAUUUCCAGUUACUGAUCUUACUCAGACCUCAUUUCCUGUGGGUACGAGAAUUCGUUACAGGUGUAACGAAGGUUUCAGCUUGGCUGAAGGAAAAUCCCCAUUUAUCACUUGCCAGGCUAAUUCAUCAUGGACAGCGAUUGAGACCGUUUGUGAAGCAAAAAGCUGUGGUGCACCGCCAGAUCUUGAGAAUGGAUAUUAUAAUACAACAUCUGUUGUUUUUGGAGGCAUAGUUACAUAUUAUUGUAAUGAAGGAUACAAUUUGGUUGGUGAAGAUACCCAAAAUUGUGUAGCAGGCGGUUGGGAUGGCAGAACCCCAGUCUGUGAUCCUGUGACGUGUGAUGAUCUUCCACCAAUUGAAAAUGGACAAACUCCAUCACCACCUGAAGCUAACUGGGAAUAUGAAAAUGCAGCAACGUUUACAUGUAGUCCUACAUAUACAUUGAUUGGUGAAAACACAAUUUAUUGCCGGGCGAAUGGUACAUGGAGUGAUAUUCCUCCAAAAUGCAAAGUUGUUCAAUGUGUUCGUCCCGAUCCUCCAAUCAAAAAUGGAAGCAUAAUAGCAGGAUUUGGACCCACGUACGAGUAUCGUCAGACGAUUAUCUACAAAUGCGAUGAAGGUUUUGAAAUGGUUGGCAAAGAUACCAUUGAAUGUCGAGAAAAUAGUACAUUUCCGCCAGCACCUCUAUGCAUUCCAGGUGAAUGUGGUGAACCCCCAAGAUUGAAGAAUGGAUUUCCAGUUACUAAUCUUACUCAGACCUCAUUUCCUGUGGGUACGAGAAUUGAUUACAGGUGCAACGAAGGUUUCAGCUUGGCUGAAGGAAAAGCCGCAUUUAUCAUUUGCCAGGCUAAUUCAUCAUGGACAGCGAUUGAGACCGUUUGUGAAGAAGCAAGAAGUACUCCUCCUGUGACCGUUCCUGGCGGAGCUGAGGCAAAAACGAGUCCUCAUCCAACAAGUGAAAGCACAUCACACAUCGACCGAUCCUUUAUUUAUGGUCACAACCUGCUCCUCGUACUAUUGCUUCUACUAGAAAGAAUACUAUGAUAGAGCGUCUAUCUGAAACAUUUUCCAACUCUAUUUUAAAUUAUUGCAAUGCAAGUAUGCACUUUUCACCAUUGUGAUUGUGUCAGCUCGAUUACUGCCCUAAUGAGAUGUUAAAACAAAUGAUGUUGUUUGAAAAGAGAUUGGGGUGUGUGGCGGUUGACCCUGUGCUCCAGCUAACAAACCUUAAGAUAAAGCUGGUCAUUCACUUGGCUGUCUAUGGAACAAUGAUGUGUUCAGAUCAGCUGCUGCAUUUUCCCACAAAUAGUCACUACACUUUGCCAAAACUUUGUGAAGCACUUUUGAGAGAUUUAGUGUUAUAAGCGAUGUAUUCUAUUAAAUGAAGGAUUAUCAACAAUGUUCAGGUAUCAUGUGAAUGUUAAAGAAAACCUACUUAUUUAUUGCAAUUCCAACAGCAACUUUAUUUUGUCUUGUAAUUCCAGCAGCUGAAUUUGAUCAUUUUUAACAAAUGGGUUUAACUGGAAAAGUUAGUGAGAUUCCACUAAAUUCUAACUAGUACUAAAUGCACUCCUACGCAUCUGAGUAAACCUCUGGCCGAUUUGUACUUUAUAAUGUUUUAUAAUUUUCAGAAUGCCAUGGAACAGUCUAUCUAUUGUUUGGCUACAGUUGAGUGUGCUGCACCAAGCAGUGUUAUUCUGUGUUACUGAUUUCUAUUCAAUCGUGUAAAAGUUAUUUUGUCUAUUAAUAUGGAAAUUUGAUUCAUGUUGAGAUUCUAUGCAGUGAUGUUGCGAGGGGGCGGGGGGGCUCAGCAGGAGGGAAUCUUAUUUUUCUUUAUUGCAUAAUUAAUUUAAUUAGAGUAAAAAUUGUUUAAUUUUAAUGUAACUUCAACCAAAGAUCACAUUUAUAAUGGAUUUUAUAACACUAAUUGUGUUUACCAUGCUUACAACUCUAGUCUUUCAACCAAAAUCAUUGCCAGAUUGUUAAUAUUACACAAUCAUGGACCCUGUACAUUUAAUAUUUCAAUAAGGUCUUAACUUUAAAUAUGCUUCCUUAAAAAUAAGUAUCCACUGAAUAAAUUACUGGAGUCCUGUAGCUCGUGGAGCCCUGUAGCUCAGUGGUUAGACCACUCGCUUUGCAAGUAAGAGACCUGAGUUCAAUUCCAGGCAGAGGGCGAAACCUUGGGCAAGUUUCCUUACUCCACACAGAGCCUAAUAAUAAUCCCUCCAAAACCAAAAACAAUAAUAAAUUGGUCAUUUUCAAUCUACGACUGUUUGCGGGACAUUGCUGUGCGCAAUUGGCUGCCGCGUUCGCCCACAAAUAUACAGUCAAUUCACUUUACAGUGUGUUCUGUGAAGCGCUUUGGGAUGUCCUCCCGACGUGAAAAGCGCUAUAUCAAAUGCAAGGAUUAUUAUUAUUAUUACUGCAAAGUUGUAAAUUUUACAUUGUAGUAAUUACCACAAUGAAAAAAUUAAUUUAAUAAAACUAUUUUAGUAAUUUGUGUUUGAUUAUUUGACUUCUUCUAUGAAUUACAAUUUAAUAUAAAUAUGACAAUUACCCACUUACAAGUUAGAAAACUUGAUCAUGUGCUUUUACUCCUAUGAAUCAAUCUGUGGGUAAACUCCUGUAUAUCUGCAAACAUUAAAUCAUCUUCCAUGUAAAA